CCAUCUCAAUAUGUGGUACAUGUAUGUGAAUAUGGUUGCCAAACCUCUUCUACCUUCCACCAUCUUAUUUUCCCCCUUAUAAAUUUCAACACUAGAACAUUUUCAUAAUUUUCUCUCUUCAUUGGAAUCAAGAGUUCUCAAUGGAAAGCCAAGACCCACCAAACCUAACACCACCAUUAAUGAAUAUACCAUCACCACAAACUCAAAACAAUAAUACUUCUCUCCCCUUCUUCUUUACACCUUCUUUACAAAAUUACCCUUUGGAAUCACAAGAUCAAGGCCUUGGUGGUAUUGAGUGGGGUAACUUUUUCUUAGGUCAAAACAACAAUAACUUGCUUGUUGGGGAUGCUAAGGAGACAUUAAAAGUUGAUAAUAUUCAACAAUGCACUUCAUCUUCUUCUAAUUUGGUAAUCCAUAAUAAUGAAAGUGGGAGUUAUCAACUACAUGAAGAAGAAAAGGGAAACAAGUUAGAGGAGAAAAGGGUUAAAGGUGGGAGAGUGAAGAAGACCACAAAAGUGCCAAGGUUUGCAUUUCAGACAAGAAGUGUUGAUGAUAUUUUGGAUGAUGGUUAUCGUUGGAGGAAAUAUGGACAAAAAGCUGUCAAGAACAGCAAGUAUCCCAGAAGCUACUAUCGAUGCACACAUCACACAUGCAACGUGAAGAAACAAGUGCAAAGGCUAUCAAAAGAUACUAGCAUUGUGGUGACUACUUAUGAGGGAAUUCACAACCACCCAUGCGAGAAGCUGAUGGAAACUCUAACUCCUCUUCUAAAGCAAAUACAGUUUCUUGCUAGUUUGUAAUUGUGAAAUUGUUUUUCUUUUAUAUACAAAAAGCUACCUACAUGUAUGCACGUACAUAUCAAGUAUUAACUUUAUUUAUCUUUGGCUUUCUAAUGGUUGAUGUUGUAAUUGUAAUCUCUAAGUACACUUAAUAUACUUGCUAAAGUGCUUAAUUUGUACUAUAUUGAAUCAAAA